UGAUGUGAUGUGUUUGGGGAACUGAGGAACAGCUGUUUGGAUGCAGGAGUUCUGCAGCUGAGAGAGAGAGAGAGAGAGAGCGAGAGAGAGAAACGCUCUUUUAAAGUCUCCAUUAAAACAGAAGAAGAACGGGACGAAGAAGAGCUCGGCAGAGGGCUGGAUAUGGAUGGUGUUCGGUCUGAAAUCCAGCCUGCAGCUGGGAUGCACCGUGCACCUGAGCCGCGACGCUUCACGCCAUGAUACGGGAACAAACCUGCACCUGACCGCGAAUGUGCCAUACCUGAACCCAGUCCACAAGGAUCCACCAUGUUCUCGCUGCUGAGCAGGAAGCUGACUCUGUGCCAGGCCCUGACCUUUGUCCUGCUGCUGUUCGCUCCCGGCUGCUUAUCCUCCCCGCAGAGCUCGUCCUGGGUGUCUGCGUGGGGUCCUUCCGGUGAGGCCUCGUUGGGGCGUCCAGCACGUGCCCGACGGCAGCUGCACUUCAGGAACGAGUGGGCGACAUGGAGCGGCUGGUCCGUCUGCUCUCGCAGCUGUGGGGGCGGAGCCUCUGUGCGGACACGAACCUGCAUCACCAGGAACCCAGUGGGUGGACCAUGUCCAGGAGAUCCCAGACAAUACAAGAUCUGCAACACCAAGGAGUGUCCUCCCGGCUCUGAGGAUUUCAGAGAGAUGCAGUGUGCUGCCUUCAAUAACAGACCCUUAGUGGCAGGAAACUCCUUCAGAUGGACCACCUUUCACGGAGGCUCUAACCCCUGUGAACUGAGCUGCCUGGCCUUGGGACACAACUUCUACUACAACUUUGGCCGUGUGCUCGACGGCACAGCCUGCGACAAGGAGCCUGGAGCAGUGUGUGUCAACGGACACUGCCUGAAACCUGGCUGUGACUCCAUCUUGGGCUCAAAGCAGCAGGAGGACGCCUGCAUGGUGUGUGGAGGACAAAACACCACCUGCCUGCACCACAAGAGUGUGUACCAGAGCAACGGUCUGGAGGCAGGUGGACCUUUUGGAUACAACGAAGUGGCCAUGAUCCCAGCCGGAGCCACUCACAUCCGAGUCACCGACAACAGCAGGAGUUAUCUGGCCCUCCAGAACGGUCGCUCCCAGUUUGUGAUCAAUGGUAACUGGAAGAUUAGUGUCCCAGGCGAGUACAACGUCGCCGGGACCAAGCUGCUGUACCGGCGCUCGGCGGACACCUGGGAGAGCUUCGAGGUGCCGGGACCCACCCAGGAAGACCUCCAUCUCAUGGUGCUGGCAACAGACCGAAACCCAGACAUCGAGUACGAGUACUGGCUGCCGCCAGACCGGUACGCAAUCUACCACGGGAGGAGGAGUCCGCUACGUCAGGCUCACCACACUGCCAGCUACUUCCCCUGGGAUCAACCCACCCCUGCAACCACCACCAGCACCACCACCACCACCCGGCCUCCCCCAGUCACCACCCGACCACACUGGUUUUUAAGGUCUGUGAAGCCGCCACGCCAGUCGGCCCACCACAACCGCCACCAGCCCCCUCACCCGCCCGUCCUGCCCCGCCUGGAGCGGGAGGAGAACCACAGAAAUCUCCUGCCUCAGCCGUCACCUGGAAGACAUUGUGGAAGAUGUCAGCGCGUUAAAGGUCGAAGGGAGCGCCAGAGACAGUACUGUCAGAAGGACUUUGUUUUCCGGGCCAAGGUGCUCGGGAAGCUGUACAGAGGCGAGGAGACUCGUUAUGAUGUCCAGAUCAUCCACACUUACCGGAACCGCUUCCGUCUGGAGCACCGGGAGUUCCUGUGGCUCCCUAACGUGUGUGACUGCCCUAACCUGGAGGAGGGGAAGCAGUAUAUACUGAUGGUGCGUCGUCACAUUAACUAUGAGCACACGCUAAACCGCAUCCUGCUGGAGGAGGACAGCUACGUGGUCCCGUACAGACCCAGAGAGGACGAACUGCUGCGACCGCUUGAAAGACUCUGCAGCAACAGAGGACCCAAACAGGCGGCGGAGCUGAGGGGGGCACCACGAGGAGGCUUGGAGUCAUCGGACCCCUCAUCCACGUCCCUCUAUGUCCGCCUCGCUCCUGCCUGGCCCCUCACAGAGGGCGUCAGACGCUGACGGUGACGUGGCGGGAGGACGCUGAGCGGCGUUUGAUGCGUGAGCGGCGAGGUCUGGAUUCAGACUGACAGCUGCACAGAGGGCCCAGCAGCAGCCAGAGGUAGAGGAUCACACAGGCCCAGCAGGACGACAUCUUCACCCAGAAGGUAGACCAGCUGCCGUGGGUGAAGGUGGUCUCCAACACUGCUGACUCAUAGCUGGAUGAGGACAACACACGUUAACGAGGAGGGAGGCUGAAUGUUG